UCCCUUGCCGAAAUGGUCGAGGACAGUGAUGAACCUCCCCGCUGGAGACGAGGCGUCAUUAUUCCCUUUCUGUCGAUUGUUGGCGUUGCGGCAGUUUGUGGCUUGUUCGUCUUGGUCCACAAACUCACGAGGAAACAGGAGAGAAGCCGCGCUCGUUCUCAGGACGACUCGAUCCUUCCUCUUCACAAUGCCCUCGCUCUCCGUCUAUCUCCAGACCAGCCAUCGGCUUCAGCGCCAAGUCAGCAAAUCGCGCUCCGCAGAUUCCAAGGUCAUCCGCAACUGUGGAUCGCUACCGGGCACCAAGGUAGACACCGUCGUGUCACGACUGCUGAGCUUCGCGGCUUUGUAGCCAGAGGCCCAGAGCCACUUCAUGUGCAGCAGGGGCGUUGGUUUGGACAGCAAGGCCGCCUUGUUACUUGGCGUUACGAUCGCCUGCCUCCUCUUGUUCAUACAGGUCAUGGUCCCGAUGCUGCUCUGCGCUAUCCUCGUGUUCGCAAUGAGCAUAGUUCUGAUGAUACUCUGCCACAAUAUGAGGAAGUUGCUGGUGUUGAUGAUGUGGAUCCUCCAGAAUACACUGAAGACGAUGCUCUCGAGCACCAAAUACCCAUUGGGCCAACCUCCAACUUUUCACGUCCGCGGUUCGUAGCGGAACAUCCAACCGCACCGCCUGACUAUGACGCGCAUCGUCGCUAA